AUGCCUACUUGUGUCGAGUUGAAUAAGAAAAUUGAAGAUUUGGAGGCACGGUUUAGUGAUAAUCUGAAUAAGCUUGUUGAACAGCUGGUUGUGAAAGUGCAAGUUAAGCUUCAGGAUGCGGGUCUAGAUGUCGGUGGCAUGAGAAAAGAGGUUUCUGAAAUGGCAGGUAGUCUUCAACUUCUGAAUGAUGUUGUUGAGAAAGCGCGUAGCCAACAGAUGGAACUAUUCACCUCAAACAAAGCCCUGAAAAUCGAAAAUGAGGCACUGAGGAAAAGAGUUGCAGAGCUCGAACAAUACUCCCGACUGAACAACGUCGAAAUCAAGGGGGUACCUUGCACCCAAGGCGAGGAUUGCGUCGCCGUAAUGGCCGCAAUUGGGGAAAAGGUCGACUGCCCCGUCUCACCCACCGAUCUAGACAUAGUUCAUCGUGUACCAACUAAAAAUGGCCACCAGAACAUCAUCGCCCGCUUUUGUUCCCGCGAUAAAAAGAAUGAGUUUGUCAAGAAAGCACGCAAGGCGCGUUUGAACACACGCGCACUGGGUUUCUCGGGGCAACAUAUGCAGUCUGUCUUCGUUAACGAACAUUUGUCUCCUGAAAACAAGCGGUUAUUUCUCAAGGCACUAACACUGAAGAAGGAAAAAGGUUGGCUCUUCCUUUGGACUGAUAACUGCCAUAUCAAAGCUCGCCAAAAUACUGCGAGCCGCGUCUUUCGCGUAGCGUCCGAUUCAGACCUUUCGAUUUUCACUUGA